AUGAAGUUCGGAUCCAGCAUCCUCCUCGCGGCCCUUGGGCUCUUCAACGCUGUCCGCGGCGAUGCCGUUCCCUGGGAACGUCUAUCCAAGAACGACUCGAUGCUCCUCAUCCUCGAUCUCCAAGUCGGCCUCUACCAAGUCGCCCGUGACUGGGAUCCCACCCUGUACCGCGAGAACGUCAUGGCGCACGCCGAGCUGGGCAAGGUCUUCGACCUCCCCGUUGUAAUGACCACAUCUGCACAGCAAGGUCCCAACGGCCCUCUGCCAAAGGAGAUCCUAGAGAUGUACCCCGACGCACCGCUGAUCAAGCGCCAGGGCGAGGUUGACGCCUGGGACAACGCCGACUUCCGCGCCGCCAUCAAAGCCACCGGCAAGAAACAAAUCAUCAUCGCAGGUAUCACGACCGACGUGUGCACCGCGUUCCUGGCCCUUUCCCUGCGCGCAGAAGGAUACUCCGUCUUUGCCAACAUCGAGGCUAGCGGCACGUACUCGCAGCUCGUCCGAGACACGGCGAAUUCCCGUAUGCAGCAAGCUGGCGUGCAGCUGGUUAGCAUGUUCGCUAUUGUCUGCGAUCUUAUGCGCGACUGGAGGAAUGUUCCUGGUGCGAAGGAGGUGCUGCCGUAUCUUGACAAGUAUCUGCCUGUGUAUGGGUAUAUUGCGAGGGGGCAUGCGGCGGCGAUUGCGAACGGGUCGGUUAUUCCGGGUGAGGCUGGGUUGAUCUAG